UUAUUGUGUGGUGUUCACUAUCCGUGUACAUUUCUUUUAAUAUAGUAGAUUGGUGUUUUUUUAGUUUAACAUCUUUCGCGUUCCAACUUUAUCCAAAAUCAUCCAACUCUAGAUCCAAAACAAUGGCUCCUCGUUAUGAGCUUGCGGUUGGUAUGAAACGUGGUCAUAAGACCACAAAAAUCGAAAGAGUCGGUAAAGUCAGUGGCAAGGAACUUUCAGCCAAAAGUGAAAAACUCAGACAAGCCCGUACCAAAGGCCGUUUGACAAAACACAACAAAUUCAUUAGAGAUGUUGUUAGGGAAGUGAUGGGUCAUGCACCAUUUGAAAAGCGAGCCAUGGAAUUGUUGAAGGUAUCCAAAGAUAAACGUGCAUUGAAAUUCUUGAAACGACGAUUGGGAACCCACAUCCGAGCCAAGAGGAAGCGUGAAGAACUUAGCAACAUUUUGUUACAAAUGAGAAAGGCCCAAGCUACCCAUACAAAAUAAUUUCAAAGCUAAUAAUAUCUUUGUUUGAUGUAUAAUAAAAUAUUGACUGCUGAGAAA